AUGGACAGGGUGAGGUUAGUGUAUGGUCUGGUGACAAAGAUAGAUAUGGACAUGGGCUCGUUUAUUUUAGGCCAGAUUUCUCAGAUGGCCCAAUCCAACUCCUCUCGGCUUGGCUUCCCUGCCCUCAUCACCGCUUUAUGCAUCUCCAGAGGAAACCCGGAUGAUCUCACAAUCACUUUUCCGGGGACCCGCAAGACCAAGGCUCGGGGACCCUCUAAUGCUUCCACUUUUGCUCUCAUUACUGCUCCUCCUACUUCUACACCAACUCCACCACCAGUUCCUGCUCCUGCCCCUUAUACUUCAGCACCCUCCGACACCUCUGCUCAGAGCUCAAACAUUCUGGUGGCCUGGCCAGGAGUCCAGCCUUCUCCUGCGGGGGGAGGUGAGGCUCCUACAACCUUGGAACCGACGCCAGACGCCACACCGGAGGAGAUGCCUCAGGACACUCCUGCCGCCACACCGACCGAGGCUACUGAGGAGGGAGAUAGCACUACAGACACAAAUUAUGUUGCAGACAUGGCAGCAGCACAGAGCACUUGGGAUCCCUGGCCUACUCCAGCACAGGACACGUCUUUGCCAGCCCAGGAUGCUCCUUCCUCACCUCAGGACGACCCUACACUGGCACAGGAGGACUGA